AUGCCGAUCCACCUCAACCCGGUCUCCAAAAUCCCGCCCUCAGAAGCCACAAAUCACGAAUCCGACGUGUACCUCCUGCCGGCCAUCAGUACCAUCCACUUCUACGCCCUCCUCUGUACCAAGCUCCACCAGACGCUCUACCCCGGACCAAAGUCCACUCAUCCCGGCAUCAUCGAGGCCAAUCUGCAGCGCAAUCGGAAAGCAUUAUUGGAUGAUCCCGAGUACCAGAUCACGACGUGCGUGGGCUGCCAUGACCCAGAGGUGGGAGAGGAGUGGAACGUUGUUGGCUUUGUGAAGUAUCUUGUCAAGGAGGGUCGGCGGGGUAACGCAACGGCUGGCAAGCAGGUCGCGAAUGGGGAAGGUCAAGGUCAAGAAGAGCCCGUUGGCGUCCCUGGCCCUCCGCCUGCUGAGGUACCAAAACUGGAGGAGAAACGCGUCUGGCCCGAGGGCACGCACACGGCGCUAGUGGAACACUUAUGGCCGAAGCUACUGGCCGUACGCCAGAAAUACGACAAAGAGCUGCAAGAUUAUAUAUUCGUGGAUAUAUUAGGUACGGAUCCUAGCUGGCAGCGGCAAGGAGUGGGGAAGCUGUUGAUGGAGGAUGAGGUAUGUAAAGUUGCAGACCAGAAGGGAAUACCGGUAUGGUUGGAGGCGACGCAGGAAGGCAGGGGCUUGUAUGAGAAGCUGGGUUUCAUGGAGAAGGAGAAGAUUUGGGUUGAUCUGGGCAGGUGGGAGAAUGGGCAAGACAAGGGAGAAGAUUGGAGAGGGGACGGCAAGGGAAAGGAAGGUGAGGGUGAGGGAUGGUAUGUGUUGGUGAUCAUGGUGAGAGAGGCACGGGCGAGCAAUGGGGUUUGA